UCCUUAGUGACGGAUACGUCUGGGUGGAGCUGCUUUUGUGAAGCUGUAGGACGCGCCAUCAUCAACAUGAGCCAGACCCCCGAGGCAAGGGCCAGAGACAACCAAACAAGACAGAUACAAGAUUCUGUUAACAAUGUGGAAAAGCACUUUGGAGAUCUAUGUCAACUAUAUGCCGGGUAUGUCCGCAAGACCGCCAGACUCCGGGACAAAGCCGAUCUUCUUGUCAGAGCAAUCAACACGUAUGCAGACACUGAAACCCCAAACUUAAAAACUGGGUUGAAAAACUUUGCUGAUGAACUUGCCAGGCUACAGGAUUACCGUCAGGCAGAGGUUGAAAGACUUGAAGUCAAAGUAGUGGAACCACUCAAAAGUUAUGGCGCAAUAGUUAAGCUCAAAAGGGAGGACCUUAAGGUGACUUUAACUGCUAGAAACAGGGAAGCAAAGCAGAUGGCUCAGCUGGAAAAAACCCGUCAAAGAAAUCCAUCAGAUCGUCAGAUAAUUUCACAGGCAGAGUCUGAAUUACAAAGAGCAACAAUGGAUGCAGCUCGGAUAAGUCGUCAACUUGAGGAAACCAUUGACGAUUUUGAGAAGCAGAAAAUAAAAGACCUUAAAAAAAUAUUUUGUGACUUUGUGAAGAUUGAAAUGUUGUUCCAUGGAAAAGCUCUAGAGGUGCUAACUACAGCUUAUCAUCAUGUUGAUAACAUUGAUGAAGAGGAAGAUUUAGAGGUUUUCAGAAGUUCCCUUCACCCACCUGAUUUCCAAUCUCGCUUAGACAUAGUACGUGCCAAUUCAAGGAGUGGGUCAUCAAAAGGAAUGUCUUCAUCGUUAUCGCAACCUACAGGUACCUGGCACACAAAAAAAACACAGGAGGAAGAAGAUUAUGAUGAUGAUGACGUAGCAGAUGAAGAUGAGGAGAAUUCAUCUGAUGAGGAUGAUUAGCAUAUAUGAGGCUUUGCAAUUUACCCAGGUUUUCCUCUUACCUCAACUUCAUAGACUUGUCUCCGACUAACAGGGAGUCUCACAUGGAAUAAAUGCAGCUUCUCCGAAAA